AUGGUACAGAGAUAUGAGACGAAUAGACGUUUUAGGCGACGUAGUCGUGAACGAGAUUUUCCUAAACCAUUGAUUUCGACAAAAGUGUUGGACGCAGCUUCGCAGCGGAUUUUCGUUUUUUCAGUAUUUAUACUAUUACAAAGUUGGAAAAUUUAUGAUUUAGUAUUAUUAAAAUCAGAUCUUGCUUCAACUAGCUUAUCGAGCUUCACUUUUAUACUAAAGUAUGCUGUGAUAGAUGGUACAUUUCUAUGGCUCUUACCCAUCCUCAAAAUACCUCAUAUCAAUUUUUCACCAUUGCAAACAAUUGUUUGCAUUUUACUCAUGAAUGGUAUUUCAAUGUUUUUGGUGAGUUCUUGGGCUGUGCCCCUUUUAUCGUACAUUGUGUUGCCGGUAUGGAAGGUUUUGCUUCAGAAAAAGGAGUUGAAUAUCGUUGGGGAGUCUAUUACUCGAGCAAAUGCCAUUGACAUGGACUCUCACUUUAAGGGACAAUUGACCAUUAAAUACUUGCCCGAUUCUUCAGCUAAAAUGAACCCCUUCCAUAUUGACCAAACGUGUUUGGGGUCCGAAAAUGGGUUUGAGAUUGAGAUGCCAGUUGAGUUCAAUACCACGUCUGGAAUUGGAUUUUUACAAGUCCAGCAAACAACUCCAAACAAUGAGAUAAAAUUGCAUAAUUACACAGGCCAUGCGUUGAACAAGCUAUUUCGAAAAAACAACUUGCACUUGAAUAAACUCGGGGGAGAUUCAAAGAACAAGAACAAAAACAAGAAUAGCAAUAAUAUUUUUUACGCACAGUUUCCCAUAAGGGAGCCCGGUUUCUACCGAUUGAAAAACGUUCUAGACAAAAAGGGGAAUAGUAUUAGAAUGUACAAGUCCGAGUUUAUGAUAGCCGAGUGCCCACUGGCAAGAUUCUAUUACCCGCCACAUUUUGACAAAAGUAAAACCUUUAUGUGUUUGUCGUCUUUAGAAGAAAAAACAUUCCCAAUUCCAUGGUUGGAAGUAUCAGGGCCACCGCAAUUAUUUGUAGCCCUUGAAAUAAGAGUAAAUGGCAAUGAUUUCAAGUCAUUCAAUAUCAGUAUUAGCCAAGAUGCCGAUAAUAGUAAAGAUCGCUUGAAAACAGACUUUGGCUACUUGCGAACAGUAAAAUUGUUGAGAAAUUCACUAGAGCCAAUUGUUUUGCAAAAUCUGCAUCCAAAAGAUUUGGGUGCAGAUACAGUUAUCGAAUUUCAUUUGAAAUCUGUGCUGGAUAUAUUUGGAAACAUUCAUCGAUAUCAACCGCUUUCAAAAGAUUUGGACGUGUGGUUCAGGUUGAAUUUGAGGAAAUCGCCCACUAUUGGUUUGUUCGAUCCAAACCCAGAAAAGCAAUUGAUCAUUAAUGGGACAAAGGCUCUUGGUAUUUCUCAUAUGGAUCAAUUCAAAGCCUCUGAUUUCCCAAUUGAAAUAACGGUUGCCGCUACUACUACUACCAACAAUAGGUCAAAUUUUACCCAAAAAUUCAACUCUGUAAGUGCUAUGCAAAGGGGGAUUUCCAUUAGCCAACCAGGCUCUUAUCAAUUGCUCAAUGCUCAUGAUGCUUUUUGUCCUUGUGAAAUUGCCAACGUAUCUUCUGUAGAGGUUGAACUAGCUACACCUCCCAAUCUUGAUAUCAUUGCAGUACCCGUGAGUGAUAAAUGUCUUGGAGUGGUUGGAUACAAAUUUGACUUCAACUUGACAGGAAAAGCACCAUUCAAAGUUCAAUAUCAAAUUUAUUCAAACAAUUCGGGCAUUCUAAGACCUAUUGUCUCUGAUUCAGGCAAAAAAAUGAGGGAAAUACUUUCCCACCAGAAUAGUUACUCUUUUGAGUUUAGACCUCCUAGCGAGGGAAGUUAUACCAUCAUUUUUAAGAACAUAAGGGACGCGAAUUACUAUCAACGUCCAAUACCGGUUAACGAAACAAUCUUCUCAUACCAAACGUACUUCAGGCAAGCAUCGGAGAUCUUCCUCAAGCCACUGUCGAGAACACUAUACACAUGCUAUGGGGAAUCUGCUAGUAUACCUGUUGACUUUAAAGGCAAUGAUCCGUUUAGUUUUGCAUUUGAUUUUAUUGAUCCGCAGUCCAAGAAAAAUUUGAUAAAGUCCACGCAUGAGGAUAAUGUGAUAGGCAACUUUGUAAUCAGGACGCCGCCUUCUUUGAUUGGUAAGACAUAUGAAGUUGUAUUGAGAGAUGCAAAGGACAAAUAUGGUUGUAAUGUGAGAAUUUUGAAUCAGAAUAAGCCAGUUCGGGUUGUGAGUAGACCAGAUAUUCCCGAAGUUAGACUAAAACAACCCAAUGAGCAGCUAAUGAUUGUUGAAGGCGGUCAUGUAGAAGUACCACUAGAUUAUAAGUCGUCAAUAGGUCCGCAUGUCAAGGAUUUUAUUGACAUGAAAUAUCUACCCGUUGAUGCAAAUCAUACACAAAUCAAGCGUGCCAGUAUAAAAGGAUCCUCGAUUCAAUUAUCGCAAGCAGGCACUUAUUGGUUGCAUAGUUUUGAGAAUAAUGGAUGUAAGGGAAAAAUUGCCGAUUCUGAGAGGAAGGUUACGUUAUUUUACCAUGAAAAACCAAGCUUGGCAAUUGUUCCUGGCAAUGAAUAUUUACAACAUAGAGACGACUCAACCAUACACUUGAAGCCUGUUUGUAUUGGAUGUGAAAAUGAAAUCAAGUUAAGUUUAAAAGGGAAAGCUCCGUUUGUUAUAGACUAUGAGAUUAAGCUACCCAGUGGCAAGAUCGAGUCGCGUUCAAUGUCCAUUGAAGGUGAUCUGAUCAAGGUCAAAUUACUUACAAAAGAAAAUGGGCUUUAUGAACACACAUUUAAGCGUAUUUACGAUAGUAUAUACACAAAAGGUAAGGGAAUUGUAGUUGAGACAAAUACGCCAAAGGUUUUAUACAAGGUCAACGCUUUGCCAAAAGUUCAAUUUCUUUCAGAUAAGCAUUUUUCGCAGAUAUGUGAAAACAAAUUAAACAUGGGAGAAAGCUUGUGUAAUAUUCCCGUGAAAUUUUUUGGCGAGUAUCCAUUUGAUAUCGACGUUUUGGUAAAAAAUGAAGAAACCGGAAACACACAAUUACUUCAUUUCAAAAACAUUAUCGAACUGCACUUUGCACUAAAGAGUAUGGACUUUUUUACCCUUGGAGAUUAUUCAAUAUCCCUAAUCAAAGUCACAGAUGGCAAUGGUUGCACAAGUGAAGUGGAAUCGAAUCUUAAAUAUAUUUUAUCCAUAAUGGAACCUCCAAAUAUUGUCAAAUCCGAUCCAUCAAGAAGUCAUUACUGCGUUGGCGACCAUGUUGCCUACAACCUUACAGGAGCGGCUCCAAUUAAAGUUUUUUAUGAGUACAAUAAUGUUGAGCGCAAGGCAGAAGUGAAUCACCGUUUUGAAAGAUUGGCAUCAAAGCCUGGUGUUCUCCAUAUCAAAAAUUUGGUUGACUCUGGAGAAAACCAAUGUAUGGUUGAUUACACGACAUCUUUGGAUAAAUUUAACUCAUUACUGUUGGAAGUACACGAAUUGCCGAGCGUUGAAGUGAACAAGGGUGACUACAUUAUCGAAGAUUUACACGAAGGAGAUCAAACUGAGUUGAUCUUCACAUUUGUUGGUGAGCCACCUUUCCAGCUCACAUAUAUAAGAACUAUUGAGGUGAAGAGAGGCCACAAAAAGGUUAAAAAGUUGCUAGAAAAAGAGUCUGUACUGGAUAUACUAGAGCGAGAGUAUACUGUUUUGGCAAGUCUCGAAGGAACCUACGAGGCAAUCGAAGUUAGUGAUAAGUAUUGUCGGGCCGUGAAGACGGUAUCUUAUAUAGAAUAA